CCAGAAGCCAGGAGAGUCUAUUGGAACCUUCUGCGCUUCAACUACGAAAUUAGUUGGUCAUCAGAUUUAUACGACAGUGCUUUGGCGAUUUGUACUUCGAAAAACGCGUUGAAAUUUUGGAAAGAAAAAAAUUAAUAAAUUAGCAAAAUGGCAGCGAAAGAUUUAAUAACAUUUGACAAUGAAGUAUUCAGUGCCUAUGCUUUCUGGUCUGCAGUUUUGGUUAUUAAAGUAUUGCUCAUGUCAUUACUGACGGCUGCACAACGCUUCAAGACUAAGACCUUUGCCAAUCCCGAAGAUUUGUUGGACAAACGUCUUAAGGUGAAGUUCGAUAAUUCUGAUGUGGAACGUGUGCGCAGAGCUCAUCGCAACGAUUUGGAGAAUAUUUUGCCUUUCUUCGCUAUUGGCUUUCUCUACGUUCUAAUCGAUCCAGCACCAGGUUUGGCUAUCAAUCUUUUCCGUGCUGUGGGUAUUGCACGCAUUAUUCAUACGAUUGUCUAUGCUGUUGUUGUUAUGCCACAACCCAGCCGUGCCUUGGCAUUUUUUGUUGCUCUAGGUGCCACAGUCUACAUGGCGGUGCAGGUGUUACUUGCUGCAUUGUGAAGGUGGAAGAGUUGAGUCGUGUAAACAACUUUGUAAUAUACAAUAUUUUUUCAUACAUACUUAUGUAAAUAUUUAAGAGAAUAUACUAUUUUGUAGUUAAAAAAACUCAUAGUCAUAGACUAAAUGAAGAUUGAAUUGAAUUGAAUUGAAAACGGGUCAGCUACUUUUCAGUAAGAGAAAAAAGAGUACUUUACUAAUAAAUUUUAAGAAUAUAACAGUGGA